AUGAAGGAGCUUUAAAAAAAUUCAAUCUAAAAACAAUGGCCUCACUAUAAAAAAAUAUUGAAAUCUUCAAAUUAUUCAUAAUGGAAGGAAAAUGAUUUAAUUUGUAAAAGAAGCAUGUUUUAUCAUAUGGCUAUCGCUCUAGGUGUAUUUUAUGUGUUAAUUAGCUUAAUUGUAGAAAUUAUCAAAUUAGAAAACAUGAUAAAUAUUAUACGAUUAACACUAUUUAUAGUCUUAGAGAUCACAAUUUUAUGCAUCUACUCCUUUUAUUAGAAAAUAUAGAUUUAUUUUUUUGUAUAAUACUGCCUGAUUACAAUAUAUAUCUUGGUAACAGUAGAAAAUGAAGAAAAAAAUAAGAUAUUCAUUUACCUUUAUAUGAUACUUGUAAAUAGCCAUUCUAACUUACUCAUAAAGAUUUUGCUAUAUUUUUAUUUUAUCUUUGUAAUCAUAUUUUUUUACAAUUUGGAAACCUUUGAAAUAUGUAUUAUAUGUUCAAUAGCUUUAAUUCACAAUUUUUAAUUGGAAUCUCACUUUAUUGCUAACUAUAUAAAAUAGUUGAAGCUACUAUCUAUUAUUGAGUAAAUGCCAAGUGCAGUUUGCAUCUUAGAUUAGAACACCAAAUAAAUAACAUAUUCAAAUCAAUUAUUUGAGAAAUUAGCAUAAACUUUAUAAAUAUCAGAUGAACUUGCUCAGUCUAUGAAUAAUUAAAGCAAAGAAUAAUAAUAAAUAGAUUUUAUAAGGAAUCUAAAUCUAGAAGAAAUAAAGAAUGAUGGAUUUUAGAUUUCUGAUUUUAUUCCUUAAAUAAAUGAUGAAGGUAUAACAGAUGAUCAAUAUAAAAUAAUAAAUGUAGAUUUUAAAAGAUAACCAUCUUAGAAUACAUUACAAAAUGUGAGUUUUAUGUGUCCAAAUUCAGCUUCACUAAAAAAGAAAUCUAAGGACAUCUUUAGUGAUAUAAAUACAAAUGAUUAUUUGCUUAAUUCUUCAAGAAAAAGCUAUAUAACAACGAUACAUUUGUAAAUAUAAAUUAGCCAUUAACCAAAAUCUUUUAUUUUAUCUGCUAAAACAAAACGAAGAAAAAAGUCAUCAAAUAAUAUGAACAUAAGUAAAUAGAGUUCUAGAAAUUUAUGUUAAUUUUCAAAGGCAUAAGAAAUACAGAAUUCUAUUUAUUGCGAAAAUUUGAAAUUGUCCCCUAAUCAUACUGAAACUAUGAAUCAUAAUUUAAUAGAAAAUAAUGAACAAUUUAAAUGUAUGAAUGAUGGUUUUGGAUAAUAAUCAAGUACUAAUCAUAAAGUGAGACUAAUGGUAAACUUGAUAUAAAUAAGUGAUGUUUUAAAUGAUGAAUAGGAUUUUUAAAUAUAUUGUAUAAAUGAAUUAAGUCCUUUGCUUUUGUAAUACACAGUAAAGAAAUUGGAAUAAGCAAAGAAAACUAUAAUGAGAUCAUUAUCUCAUGAAUUAAGGACUAGUUUGAAUGCAGUUAAUGGUUAUAUAAGUGAAGCUUAUGAAAGAAUAGAUAAUAUAUAAGAACUUAAUAAAAAUUUAGGAUUGUCAUUAAAAUAUAUUAACUUAAUGUAAUUGAAAUUAUAAGAUUUUUUUGAUUACAGAGAUAUAUUAGAAGAUUAAUUUGAAUUAAAUAUAGAAAAAUUUGAUUUGAAUAGUGUUAUUAAUCUAUGCGUAGAUUUAAUCAAAGUUUAAUGUUAUGAAAAGAAACUAAAUCUUAACAUAGAAUUGCCAUCUGAGACAAUAAUAGUUAUAGGAGAUAAGAAUAGAUUCUAAUAAGUUUUAAUUAAUUUACUGACAAACGGAAUUAAAUUUACUUAAUAAGGAGGAAUAACAAUAUAAGUUAGUAGAGAUUUUUAAUUGGAUUCCAUAUCUGGAUUGGAAGAGAUUAAGGAAAUUAAACAAUAAUAGAUAGUAUAAAUAAGGAUAAUUGAUAGUGGUAUAGGAAUGAAAGAAGAAUUGAAAGGAAUACUUAAUAAAAAAGUAAUCUUAAAUAGUAUUUAGUUUCUCUCUGUAGAUGAUGAUCCAAAAAUAUCUAAAGAUUCAGUUGGAAUAGGUUUAGGUUUAAGUGUUAGCCAAUACAUUAUAAAGGCUAUGGGUCCUUAAGGAUUAAAUAGUUUAUUUUUAGAAUCUAUUAUGGGAGGUGGAUCGUAAUUUUACUUUUUUUUAAAUUAUGAUUCUAUUAAAAAGUAUCAUAAUGAUGACGAUAUUCCAGAACCAGAAAAUAAAGAAGAAACUAUUGUUAAAUUAAGUCCAACUAAGAGAAGUUUGCUUAAAAGGAUUGUAUUUAUUUGUUUAUUUGUCAUUUAUUAGGCAACUUAUCCAAACACUGUUUGUAAUUCAAAUGAUAUACUUAUAGUAGAUGAUGAACAUUUCAAUUUAGAUAUAUUGGCUAACAUUAUUCGAAACUUGAAUUCUAAUCACAAAAAGUAUUAAAUUACUAUGGCUUUUAAUGGUUUUUAAGCUUUAGAAAUAAUCCGCUAAAAAAGAAUAUAAAAUUGUUGUUGUUGUCUUGGUUUUAAAGCAAUAUUAAUGGAUAUUAAUAUGCCUAUUAUGAAUGGAUGGGAUUGUGCCAAACAAAUUAGAAUAUUCGAAGAUUAAAUUCAAGUUUAGAGAAAAACUCCUAUUAUUGCUAUUACUGGCUAUGAUGCAAAAAAAGACAUAGAAAAGUGUCUUAAAUAUGGCUUUAAUUAUGUAUCUACAAAACCUACUAAUAAAUAAAAAAUAUUGAAGAUAUUUUAAGAAUUUAACAUAUGA